AUGCUGCGACACUGGAACCAAGGAUGCAUUUUCGUUGCGUUUCUGGUCGGAGUGGUCUCAUCUCAUCGCCGUGACGUAGCUGCAAGACGGGGAUUUACACCGCAAGCAAUCGAGGAGAUGAAGGCCCGAUCACUCCAUGGGCGGCGAGUUGAGGCGCCCGAGAAAAGAUACUAUACGAAUGAUACGAAGGGAUAUUUUGUCGAGUCCUUGCCAGAUAUCCCGCAAGAAUUCAUGACGGAGAUGUACAGCGGCGUGAUCAAUCUUAACAAGUCCGACGAUAACAGGGGAUUGUUCUUUGUGUUUCAGCCUCGAGUCGGUACCCCGGUUGACGAAAUCACGGUAUGGUUCAAUGGUGGCCCAGGUAACGAGAAAAACAAACUGUGA